UUCCCAGCAACAAUGUUUAUCAGAAUGUGUUUGACAGAACGAUGCGAGGAUGGCAUUAUUACAGGCUUUGUCCCAACCCUGUUAGGGCAUACUGGAUUUUUUGCACAUAUUUACGAUACGUAUUUACAUUUGUGAGUUAUGAAUGACAAAUUGUAAUCAAAUUAUAUCGAUUUCUACAUUUUAAACGACUUACCACUAACGAUGGCUACAAACACCCUCUAAACAAACCUGAAAGUUUGGUCGGCACUUUAACCUCAUAGGUAGUAAUGAGUAUUUAUGAUAGCUUUUGGGGACAUUGACCUGUAUUUUAACUGUCCUUAUGGGGACACCUUUGUUGCUAAUAUAAUUUGUGUAAAAUUCUCAAUACCUUCUACCUUUAUAUUUGUCAUGUUUGACUGAUUACAGGUUGCCUUCCAAAACCACAUGGACACAGAUUCCAGCUCUGCAGAAGAUGGGAAUGUGUCCCACUCCAAUCCCAAGUUUAAAAAACAAAUGCUUGGAUAUGAUUCUGAAGACUCACUAAGCAGCAUGGAAAUAACAGAGGAUGAAUAUGUGCCAGGGUCAGAUUGUGAAAGUGAGACCAGCUCAGAGGGAGGCAGUAUAUUAAAGAAAAAUGCUGCCACCCUGGCCAGUCCUGCUGUUAAAGAUGGAAAAAGAAAAACAUACAAGGGACCUAGAAACCGGAACUCUGAAUCUGACACAUCUGGGGAAAGCUCCAUUACUUCACUUACAGUCAUGCACAGUCAAAAGACUGACGAUGGAUCUAGAAGAUACACCAAAAAGCAUUACUGUCUCUUUUGUGAGAAACCACAAUCCAAAAUCGCCAGGCAUCUGGAACUUGUUCAUGGAGAUCAAUCUGAAGUCGCUAAGGCCAUUUCAUCUCCAAAGAACUCCAAGGAAAGAAAGCUCCAACUGACUAUACUAAGGAAACAGGGGGACAGAAAACACAAUGUAGAUGUCAUUAGAAAGGGAAAAGGUGUCAUUGUUCCAUGUAAACAAACGAGUUCUCCAAAUGUCAAUCCAAAUAAAUUCUUACAUUGUGCAAAUUGCCAAGGACUUUUCAAAAAAAGAUUUCUUUGGAAACAUAUGAAAAGGUGCCCACUUCGAGGUGUUCUUCCAAAACCUGGUAGAACUCGGGCCCAAUCGAUUUGCGCCUUUGCGCAACCGGUGCAGGAAGGAGUUAGCAAGGGACUGUGGAAACUUCUCUGUGACAUGAAACCAGGUGAAGUGGUAGAUGUCAUAAAGAGUGACCAUUGUAUCCUCAAGUAUGGCGAGCAGAAAUACAACAUCAUGGGACACCGGCGUUCUGAUCAUGAACUGAUCCGUCAGAAAAUGCGUGAGUUAGGGAGACUGGUUUUGAAAGGAAGGCAGGUGUCCCCUCUCAAAUCACUUGAGGAAUACAUUGAUCCAGCCAACUUCCAACACACAGUUAAUGCAGUUAAAGCUGUUACAGGCUUUCAGUGUGAGACAAAUAAGAUAGCGGUGCCAACGCUAGCCAACAAACUUGGUCAGAGCCUCAUGAAGGUUGCUGACAUUGUAAGUUGUGAUGCAAGGAUCUGCAGUGACACAACAAAAGUUCAAAAAGCAGAGGACUUCAAACACAUCUAUCAGACACGCUGGAGGGAGAUGAUCUCAUGUCAUGCUCACCAUACCCUGGAAGAAAAAAGGUACAACGCUCCACUGAUCUUGCCAUUUGCAGACGAUGUCAAGAAACUCCAUAUAUAUUUAAAGGAGAAACAGCAAGAAUACUACAGCACACUUUUUAAUGCACCGAACACCAAGACUUGGGCAAAACUGGCUAAAGUCACUCUUGCACAAAUGAUCAUCUUCAACAGAAAAAGGCAAGGGGAAGCCUGUCUGAUGCCAGUACAAUCAUUCGAGUCUCGAGACAAAUCUAAUUUAAAUAUUGAUAUUGCUGACUCUCUCUCAGAAGUUGAACAAGCACUAUGCAAGUACUUUAGUCGUGUAGAAAUCCGUGGAAAACGCGGAAGGAAAAUUGCGGUACUUUUGGCACCGGAAAUGAUCAAAUCCAUGGAGUUGCUGGUUAAAACCCGUGAAGUUUGCGGUGUUCCGAAGGAGAACAUCUACAUGUUUGCAAUCCCAGGCUGCGAGACAUCAUUUCGUGGAUCAGACUGCCUGCGCUGCUUUGCCAUGGAGUGUGGUGCUAAAUGUCCAAAAGCCCUAUCGUCCACCAAGUUGCGCAAACACAUCUCUACAAUGUCCAGAGUUCUUAACAUGAAUGACACCGAAAUGGACCAACUUGCUGAUUUCCUGGGACACGAUAUUCGUAUCCACAGGAAAUAUUACAGAUUACCAGAGGGAACACUCCAGCUGGCAAAAAUCACUAAAGUCUUGAUGGCAAUGGAGCAGGGAAGGCUUAACGAAUUCAGAGGGAAAGGUCUUGACCAGAUCAGCAUCAAUCCAACAGAGUGCGUUGAGCCUGAUGCUGGGAUGGAGAGUGAAACAGAAAUGUCAGAUCAUUCUCAUGAUGUGACGUCAAGUGAGCCAGGCACUUCAGGAGUGAAUAGCAGCAGGCCAGUAAACACGAAUGAAGGAUCUCCAGAGAGGACACGGGAGGUCAUGAAAGUAACAUCAGUUCCUAGGAAGAGAAAGUGGAGUGAGGUGGAGAUUGCGGCUGUAGAAGAGAAAAUGAUGAAAUUUAUUCACUCGGGAGUUACUCCUGGAAAAGUCGACUGCAUUGCAUGCAUUACAGCAGCCCCCAAAGCCCUCGGUGAACGAGACUGGCAGGCGGUAAAGUAUUAUGUAAAAAACAGGAUCACAGCAUAUGAGAGAAAGACCACUAAAAAGUAAGGUUGA